UGAAGAACUGUCAAAAUAAAGCGUUUUAUAUACGUUCGAGUCAGCUUGUAUUCAUACACAGGACAAAAUUACAGAUAAAAUUGUAAAACACAGCAUACAGUAAAUAUCAAUUUUGGGAGAAAUCGAAAAAGAAAACAACAAUAGAAAUAUGGAAAGAAUGCAAAAAAUGCCCAAAGUGGCAAAGGUAAAAAAUAAAGCACCAGCAGAAGUACAAAUUACAGCGGAACAAUUAUUACGUGAAGCGAAAGAACGUGAUUUGGAAAUUCUGCCACCGCCACCGAAACAGAAAAUUUCCGAUCCAGCUGAGUUGGCUGAUUAUCAACAUCGAAAACGUAAAGCGUUUGAAGACAAUUUACGAAAGAACCGAAUGGUUGUUAGCAAUUGGAUCAAAUAUGCACAAUGGGAAGAAUCACAGAAAGAAAUUCAACGUGCCCGCUCAAUUUGGGAAAGAGCUAUCGACAACGAUCACCGAAAUAUCACAAUAUGGCUGAAAUAUAUUGAAAUGGAAAUGAAGAACAAACAAGUAAAUCAUGCUCGUAAUCUUUUUGAUCGUGCUGUUACAAUUCUACCGAGAGUCAAUCAAUUUUGGUACAAGUAUGUUUAUAUGGAGGAAAUGUUGGAAAACUUAGGAGGAGCCCGUGCUGUAUUUGAAAGGUGGCUCGAAUUUCUUCCGGAAGAGCAAGCAUGGAAUACUUAUAUUAACUUUGAACUAAGAUAUAAAGAAAUAGACCGAGCUCGGAAGAUUUAUGAAAGACUGGUAAUGGUUCAUCCGGAUAUAAAAAAUUGGAUCAAAUUUGCUCGAUUUGAAGAGAAUCAUGGCUUUAUCAAUGGCGCUCGCAAAAUAUAUGAGAAUGCGAUCGAAUUUUUUGGCGAAGACCACAUGGAAGAGAAGCUUUUUAUUGCAUUUGCACGAUUUGAAGAAGGACAAAAAGAACAUGAUCGCGUCCGCGUUAUUUACAAAUAUGCCCUUGAACAUUUACCAAAAGACAGAACAAAUGAUCUUUACAAAGCGUACACGAUUCACGAAAAGAAGUAUGGAGAUCGUUCGGGAAUCGAAGACGUAAUUGUUUCAAAGCGUAAAUUCCAAUACGAACAAGAGAUUGGUGAUAAUCCAACAAAUUAUGAUGCUUGGUUUGAUUAUUUGCGUUUAAUUGAAAAUGAGGGUGAUGCGGAAACCAUUCGAGAAACAUAUGAACGAGCUAUUGCUAAUGUUCCACCUAGCAAAGAUAAAAGUUUGUGGCGAAGAUAUAUCUAUUUGUGGAUAAAUUAUGCUUUGUAUGAAGAAAUCCAAGCACAAAAUGAAGAGCGCACUCGUCAAGUCUAUAAAACUUGUCUGGAAGUUAUUCCUCAUAAAAUAUUUACUUUCAGUAAAAUCUGGUUGAUGUAUGCUCAAUUCGAAAUUCGUUGUAAAAAUUUAUCGAACGCACGAAAAGCAUUGGGACAAGCGAUUGGCAUAUGUCCACGUGAUAAACUUUAUCGUGGUUAUAUUGAAUUAGAAAUUCAAUUGCGAGAAUUUGACCGAUGUCGCCUGCUAUAUCAAAAAUUUUUGGAAUUCGGGCCAGAAAACUGCAUAACCUGGAUAAAAUUCGCUGAACUUGAAACCUUAUUAGGUGACUUCGAUCGAGCACGUGCUAUAUUUGAACUAGCAAUAAAUCAAAAUCGUCUUGACAUGCCAGAGUUGUUGUGGAAAGCGUAUAUCGAUUUUGAAGUAAAUCAAAGCAAAAAUGAAUUGGCGCGCCAGCUCUAUGAGAGACUCCUUGAACGUACAAUUCACGUAAAAGUUUGGAUUUCAUACGCAAAAUUUGAAUUUACAUGUGAAGAAAAUGAUGAAUAUUUAAAUAUAUCAUUGGCGCGUAGAAUUUAUGAACGAGCGAAUGAUGCACUCAAAAAUUCACCCGAAAAAGAAAACCGCGUUGUUUUAUUAGAGGCUUGGCGCGAUUUUGAAAAUGAACAUGGAACUCGUGACACAUACGAAAAGGUCAUGGAGAAACUUCCACGAAGAAUCAAAAAGAGACAAAAAAUCAUUUCCGACACCGGAACCGAAGAAGGCUGGGAGGAAGUGUUUGAUUAUAUAUUUCCAGAAGAUGAAAUGGCUAGACCGAAUCUAAAAUUACUCGCAGCAGCUAAAAAUUGGAAAAAGAAACAAACCACUGAUCAAACCACACAAAAUGGAAAUGAUGUUGAAAACAAUGUGAAUUUUUGAAACCACACGAAUAAUAGUCGUAAAUAUGUUAAAAUUAAUUUCUCCACCAUAAUAAUAAAAUAAGUGCUUCUGACGAAAA